AUGAAGGCUGUCGGUUUAAAGAAAUAUGGUGAUAUUAAUGUUUUUGAAGAUAUCGACGUACCUAAACCAUCUGCUCCUCAAAAACAACAAUUACUUGUUCGAGUAAAAGCUACUAGUGUUAAUCCAAUUGAUGUCAAAGUACGAGGAGGUGUUUAUGAUGAUUAUCCAGAUUAUUUUGAUCGUGUUCCACUUAAUAAAGAUAAAUAUCAAAUUCUUGGCUUUGAUUCAGCAGGUAUUAUCGAACAAAUUGGACCUGAUGUAACUCGAUUUAAAGUUGGUGAUGAAAUCUAUUUCGUUGCUUCACCUUUUGGUCAUGGAAGUGAUGCUGAAUUAGUUCUUAGUGAUGAACGAGGUGCAGCAUUGAAACCACGUAGUCUUUCAUUUGAACAUGCUGCUGGUAUUCCAUUAACAGCACUUACAGCUUGGGAAUCACUUGUUGAACGUCUUGAAAUAAAAGAAGGUGAACAAGCAGCUAUUCUUAUUAUUAAUGGUGCUGGCGGUGUUGGAUCAAUAGCAACACAAAUAUGUGCUAAAAUUCUUCGUUUACCAGUUAUUAUAACAACAGCAUCAAGAGAAGAAACAAAAAAGUUUAGUAAAGAAAUGGGUGCAACACAUGUUAUUAAUCAUCAUGAAGAUAUUCGAAAAUAA